AGCAAGUGUGCAAGUGACGAUGCAAUGAACAUUUAAAAAGUUGAAAGGGAGUGAGCACGAGUAAUAAAAUAUCGGCUGAAAUCAAAUAAAUGGCUGGAUAACUUUCCAGUUGAUCAGAGUGGGAAACAGAGUGGACUUAACAACAGUUAGGAAGUUUAGAACAAAACAAAGUCGGUGAGGUUGAAUUAUAAAUCUUCUUCCUGCUUAUCGUCAGAAAAUGUCUGCCCUUAUUGCAAACCUUCUGGCUGUUCUUUCAAUCAGUAUAAUUAUAGCUGUAUCCAUUUCGCCAGUGUGGAGCUGCACCUGUCAGAAGAGGCAUCCCCAACAAUAUGUAUGUGAUGCCAAUUUUGUCUUCCGAGGAAAGGUCUUGGGAAAAUCCCCUUUCCAAUCAGCCACCAGCUUGCCUGGACAAUUUGAGUACCAAAUUCAAGUACAGAGGGUCUUCAAAGAUCAGGUGGAUGGUGGGAUAGGUCGGAAAGUUAAGCUCAUCACACCAGCAUCAGAGGCACUGUGCGGGGUUCCAGAGUUAACACAAUCCAAAACAUAUCUCAUCACAGGUGAGGUGAUUGAUGGCCAAAUGUAUUUAAGUGUAUGCAACUGGGUUGCUGAGUGGCAGUCCGUGACCAGACCACAACGCCAGGGAAUCAAACAUCUGUAUAUGAAACACUGCACCAACUGCAUGGUGCGAAUCGAGUCACCCAGUCCAGUAUCUCAUCCACUGCCUCAAGGACCACUGGACUACUUCCAUGGGUGUACUUAUACUUCCUAUACACACCUUAGUAUUGGCAUAGCUGAUUGCGAGGCAUCAUAUGCAAGUUGUGUACAAAACCACAACAGGGGAUGCGGUUGGCUCAGUAACCAUGGCUACCAAGAAUGCUUGGAGAAACGCAAUGUUGUGCUACAACAACUAACAGAUAAUCAAAAAUUUCAUCUCAACGCCAUUGACCAUGGAGGAAACUGGUAACGACCAUAGUGUGGUGACAAUUAGCUAACUUUGUAAAAAAAGCCAAGGGGUGGUUACAAGUUUAACAACCAGCUUGGUAAAGUAGCAACUGCAGAUUGAUCAAAGGUAACCAGACUACAAUAAAAGCUAAGAAAUAUUUAUAUUUGUAAAUACAACUCUCUUUGAUAAUCCUUUUGGUAACGGUAACUCUAACAAGAGUAAAAAUUAGACUCAACUUGAUUCAAAUCACUCGGCAUUAUACUCAGACAAAAUAGAAUGUAAAUGUCAGGGGGGAAGGUGGAGUCGUAAGUUGAAAAAUAAAAAAUACAGUACGCAAGCAAACAAGUCUGCAUCAUCCUCAAGAGUGUUCCAACAGUACAACAUGAGUAAUACUGAGAUCUGCAUUUAUGCUAUACAAUAGAGUACCAAAGUGUGGCGUCACUGUGAACCAGAAAGUGUUGGUUCACGCGCUGGUUCUCGUGCUAAUGCCUUUUACACACUAAUUGUGUGCGUGAUGUAUUUACUUCGGUACUCUAUGGUGAGAUGCUCCCCACUAUGAGUACCAACUUAUUUUUCGGAUUUGAGACCUCAGCCUGCCUUCAACUUGACCUAUUUCCAGCUGUCAUUCAAUACUCUGAAAAAGUAAAUAUAUCUACAUUUUCUACCCAGAGCAUAACUUUAUUAUUAUGCAAAUUAUGUUUAUAAGAAAUGUGUGCGCAUGACACAUCCCCUGAACUAAUUUCGUUUUCGAAAUACUGAAUCCCUUUCUUCACUUUGAAAGAAUUUCAGUUCAUCUUUAAUCAACAAAACCUCUCACAAAGUUGAUAAAUACCUUAAUUUGAAGGGGAAACAGGAAGAACAGAACUGCUUUGAAAACAUUGAGAAAAUAAACAUAUUAUUAUUGAAUAUAAUUAUUAUUAUGAAGAAAUAUGAAUUAAAGUGCAGCAUGUCUGUGAA